AUGUCCGAGAAGCUUUGGUUCCAAAAUGUUAUGGCACUUGCCCCCCUACCGCCGCCAACUCCCGACAGCAAAGUCAAGCGAUACAUGAGCCUUUGGCCUGCCUGGGUGCCUGGAUCGGAGCUCGUUGGCGGCAAGGGGCGUGGAUCCAAAGCAGAUCCUCGAGCUGCCUACGGAGGACAUGUGUACACACAAGCCCCGCUAGCUGCGUGUCGAGCGUUAGAGGAGGAGGAGCCGGCAGGGACGGGUACUCACUCGGGGGGUUUUGGACUUCAUAGUAUACAAGGCUGCUUCUCAGCGGCGGCAAGGGCCAACCGGCCUUUCGUAUACGAGGUUUCCAGUUUAUCUACCAGUCGAACGUUCUGCUCUCGCCUGGUCAUAGUGCGUCAGCCAAAGGAACCAAGCAAACGACUGCAGGCCGAUGACUUCAACCUCGAAGACUUAGAAAGCGAGCUCGGCGAUGUGUGCUUCAGCUGUAUAUGCACUUUCAAACGACCAGAAGAGGGACGUGUGAGCUCCCAGGAAGUCCCGCCACAGGAAAGGUUCGCCGAAAUUCUCAAAGCAAAAGCACCUGGGGACUGGCCCAAGGCGCCUGCAGUGGACGUGGAAGAGAUCAAAGCCAUGUUCCCCGACGCCUCGGGUCAUUUCCCCAUUGUGGAUAUGCACAAGGUCGACUUGACUGGUUGGAAUGAAGGAAAGCCGGUAACGAAACGGAGGGAACUGCUCUUCUACCGGCUGAGAGGGCCCCUCCCGGCCGACGACCCGAACCAGCAUGUUCUCGUGCAUGCCUUUGAGUCAGAUCGCAACGGUCUUCUGAUGGUGGGCAACCACAUUGGGCUCGGAUGGAGCCUAGGGACCGCAGCAAGCCUGACGUACGCCUUCGUUGUUCACGUCAACGUUGAUGAGGCUGUGAUGAACGAUCCUUCAGGGGCGGAGGACGGGUGGUGGAUUCAGGAGGUUUCGUUCCCUCGUGCGGGUCAGGGGCGAGGGGCGCUCAUGUGUAAGAUGUGGAGUCCUUCUGGUGUUCAUGUGGCUACGGGAUAUCAAGACGGCAUCAUUAGAGAGCGAAAGGUUGAAAAGGAAAAGUUAUGA